AUGGCUGAGCCUGCAGGAGAAGAGGCCAUCUCCAAAGUGCAAGAACUCUGCCGUGAGUGUGGACAGUCCCACUUGUUGCCAGACAAUCAUCUCUAUAACUUCCAGGACGAAGUGGACGAUGAGCUGGUUUGUCACAUUUGCCUUCAGCCUUUGCUCCAGCCUAUGGACACGCCUUGUGGACACACAUACUGUUUCAGGUGCCUGGAAAACUUCAUGCAGGAGUACAGCUUCUGUCCUAUGGAUCGGAAAAAACUCUCUUUCCAGCAGUGCCGGAAGUCCAGCCUGCUGGUGCAGAACCUGCUGGACAAGCUCAUUGUUCUUUGCCCCUUUCAAGAAGAAUGCAAACAGACUAUGCAGCGAUGCGAGUUAGAGGCUCACUUACAGAAUAGAUGCCCUGGCUUCAGAAAAUACAAAGCUCAAGUAGACAGCAAGAAGGAUCCUCGCGCCAGGUUGCAAGGAGACUCCCUUUCGAGGCUGGAAGCAAAUACUCUGAAAGAGCCUGAGACAGUGAAUGGGCUGUCAACACUGGUGGCUGGAAGCUCAGUUGCUGCUGUGGUCUCCUUGGAAACCACAGAACCCGGGCUGGUUAAUCCAGCUUUUGAUGGGAGUGAAGAAGAUUUGCCUCAGAGAGCUAGUCUUUUAGCAGAGACUAGUUUGAUUGAAAUUCACCGAGACGACCCUGAGGAAGACCUUGGGAUGCGGAUAGUUGGUGGUAAAGACACGCCGCUUGGCAACAUAGUUGUCCAAGAAGUUCUUCGGGAUUCCGUUGUUGGCACAGAUGGUAGAAUAGCACCUGGAGACCAUAUCCUGGAGGUGAAUGGUGUCAACAUUAGCAGUGUGACUCAUAGCCAAGCCAUCUCCUUGCUGCGCCAGCCCUGUGCUGCACUCCACCUCCUAGUGCUGCAAGAGAAAGGGUUCACCACCAGGCCUGGGCAACCAGAUUCCAGCACUACGGUGAUCCAUGUCACUCUCGUGAAGAGAGAGCAGUCCGAACCCCUUGGCAUCAAAUUGAUCAGAAAAUCUGAUGAGCCUGGGAUUUUUAUUCUGGACCUGCUAGAUGGAGGUUUGGCAUCUAAGAAUGGAAAACUGAGUCGGAAUGAUAAAGUCCUUUCCAUCAAUGGGCAGGAUCUACGGCAGGGAACACCUGAGACAGCUGCACAGAUAAUCCAGUCCAGUGAAGCAAGAGUCAACUUUGUCGUUCUCCGUCGGUCGGGGAUGCAGCUGCCAGAUUCUGUUGAGGAUGGCAGCAUCUCCACCAACAGCAGCAGCAGCAGCAACGGGGGUAGUCCCGUGCUCCAUCGCAGGAGAACCGAACGGAAUCACUAUCGACGGAGGUCGUGCUUUCAGAAGGCACUCCCUCAUGGAUACCUCAGCCAGGACAAAGUGGUUACGAUAAAAAAGGAGCCAAAAGAAUCUCUAGGAAUAACAAUUGGAGGUGGAAGAGACAGUAAACACAGGCUCCCUAUCUAUGUGACCAGUGUCCAACCUGUUGGGUGCCUCUUCAGGGAUGGUAGGAUUAGGAAAGGAGAUGUGCUUCUGAGUAUCAACAAUAUUGAUUUGACUCAUCUCAACUACAAUGAAGCCGUCUCGGCAUUGAAAUCAAACGCAGCGUUGCACACGGUGGUGCUGAAGGCCUUGGAGAUCGUAGUGCCGGAAAAGACAUUUGAGUCAGUGGAGAUUCCAGAAAGCAGAGACGGCGGUGGGUUCAGCUGGGCUAGCUGGGCUCCUCUGUGGGUCAGGUGGCUUGGAUUACCUAGCCACCUCCACUUCUGCCAAGAUAUUGUCUUGCACAAAAGCAACUCAGAGAGCUGGGGAUUCAGCAUAGUCGGUGGGUUUGAAGAAAAUAAAGGGAGCCAGCCCUUCUUCAUUAAAACCAUAGUCCCUGGAACACCUGCCUUCUGGGACAGAAGACUGAGGUGUGGAGAUGAAAUUGUGGCCGUCAACGGUGUGACUGCUGUGGGCAUGAGCAAUGCAGAGCUGAUUCCCAUGCUGAAGGAACAGCGCAACAAGGUCACUCUGACGGUGGUGUCUUGGCCCGGCAGCCUGGUGUAG